UUAGUAUAUGUGUAGUCAGUCACCAUAGUAAAUAUGUUCUGUGGGUGUGGGAGGCAUAAGCACCUGCUAAGGUGUGCCCUAGAAAGCUUUGGAAAGAAGGAUUCUUACGAAACCUUGAAUGCGAUUUAGUUGCUUGUUAAACUCAUGGGAAGCUUCAAAUUUUAAUUCCUAGUUCAACAUGUUUAUAUCAAAGGAUUAUUUUCAGGACAUAGGGAAAUACUUGCUGUGAAAGUUUCUAACUUGUUAUGAGGCUGAGUUUCAGGAGGCCUGUUUUGUUAUCUAAUGAGAUUACUCAUUACUAAGAUAGGUUUGAACAUUUGGAUUCCUUCUUCUCUUUCUUGUCUACUACUUAAAGUUUGUAGUGGUUAUUUAACAUUUUAAAUACUUGUUUUACCUGAAUAAAAUACUGAUGUUACUUCCUGCUGGAGUUUGGAUAUUGUGCAUUGAAACUGUAAUAAAACACCAUUAGACUUGAUGACACAGCAAUAAUGGUGAUCUAACUUUUAAAACUUCCUUAUUCUCUAGUUCUUAAACCAGCUGGUAUUGUGUUCCAUCUCUGUCCUCACAUAUCCUAUCAAUCUCUGGGCCAUGGGGUGUUUCUCCUGAUCUGGUUUGAAUGUUGUAAUUGGAACCAGAUGCUGGGAGGGUUAGAUUCUGCUUGCCUGGAGUUGCUUCCCUCCUAUUCCAGGAAUGCUUUUGUUGCAGAAAUAUUGGAAUCAUUUGUGAGGAGUCUUCGAGAUAUUUGGCACUUAGUAUGCUAGUGCUAUUUUCAAACAAUGCAUUCUCAAGUAUACUUUUGCUCUUAUUAACCAAACUGGAACUAUGGGACUCAAUAAACAAUUAAGUAACUGGUUGAAUUUGUGAUAUGAUAUUUUCACAACAGAUAUAUUGCUUCAUGGUCCUUGGAUGUGAAAUAUGUUGCCACUUUUCAAAAUUCUUGUUCCUGUGCUUUUUCUUAGAAAAUUGAAUUUGGAUUUUGUAGGUCACAUAAGGCAACAGAGUUUUGAUACACUUCGGGAAAUUACAAAACUUUGGAGAAUUUUUAAACUCACUUUAAAAAAUAAUUACCAUAGAUUUUCACUUCAGUGUGAAAUAAGUUGUGGAUUGUGUUUCUAGAGGUGAUAUAUACUAAGUGUAAAGUGCAGAGUUGUGCAGGCAUUAAUUUCUUCAAGUAAAAAAAGUUAUUCGUUUAGAGCAAUAUGAGUUUCCCCUGUAAAAUUUUCUUUAAUUAUUCAAUAAGUAAUUGAUAAUUUUUGCCUCUCUGGAAAUAUUUUGGUCAAAGCAUAUUAAGUAGUUCUUAAUAUUGUGCAGGCAGCUCACAUACUGCAGUUAAAUUAUUCCUGUUCCUUCAAAUAUAUCAAGUUCUAGCUCCGUUAAACAGAGUAAAGGCGGGUGCAAUAAUGUAUCAGCUAGCAGUUGUAAUUGAUGCUUGUUAUAUAAAGCAGUCUUCAGGGAAGAAAACUACUCAUCUUGAAAGUGAGUGGGUAAUGAGGUUAAUAUGACAGACUUUCAAAUCUUUAUGUAAUCUUCUCUUAAAGAAAGGAAAUUAACUAGGAUUUAGUUUUGAUGUAUUAGUUUUAUGUAGGCUAUAAAAUUGACAAUAAAAAAUUGUUUUGCAAUUGAUGAAAGGCACGACUAUCUCUACUUAUUAACUAGAACCAACUAUGCUAACUGUACCAGCUAUCUGUAAAUACAAGCUAUGUUUAACUAGACCCCUUCAAACAAAUGUCUGCAGCAAAUCAAAGUCCGCCUGUUAAGGACAACUGCAUAUUCACAAGGCCUGCACUCAGCUUUAUGCAUAGUAGUGAAAAAGAUGCCAGCUGAACUUGUGCCUGUAAUGAUGUGACUUUGGUGUAAUGCUUUUUUUUUUCCUGGUCCGUUCUCAUUUACAUUGCAUUUACAGGAUUCCGAGGAAUUAAAAUGAAUGGAAUAGCUUCUUGACUUCUUUUGGUCAACUUGUCUAAGACAAUGAGACUGAUCAUAUGCUCUGUUCUUUGUUACUUUUUGGCCUCUUGGCUAGUUUUGGGUACCUUUUGACAGAGAUGUAGAUAUCUUGGAUAUGAUUGUUUCUAUAAAUUUCUCCAGUAUUUGGUGCUGGCUAAAUAUGGGGAAUUCCGUACCCUGUAAUCCACAGUGUGAUGCACAGUGAAGGAAAGAAAGCAAUAUAAAUUGGGUGUCUAUUGCCCUUUUUGGACGGUAUGCAGCUGUUCUGUUGGCCAAUUUUUUGCUCUCCUUUAGUGUAUGAACCUUGGGAUUAUUGUACUGGGGAGGGAUGUAAAGGACAAAUGGAAUGGGUAUGUAAGGAAACAUGCUUUGAUUGGUUUGGAGCAAGUUAUUCUGUAAGAAAAAGCCAACUGAAGAAUAGGACAGCUUAAGAAGAGUCAUCUCAGUUGAGUGAGGGAUAAAAUCCAUAAGGUGUUUUUGCACAUAAGUAUAUUUUUGUCUCCAUUUAUUUGGCUGAAAUUGUAAAUAGGAGGACAAAAUAAAGACUAACAGAGACCAAGGAUUCCUGCUUUUUGGUUUUUUUUUUCUUUCCUAAUUUGUAUUUGCAAAAAUUUUGCCCUGAAAAUAUUGUCCCUGGAGAUCAAAACUGCUGUUUGAGCUGGCACCUGAUUAUCUCUCUUACUCUUCUGUAGCUGGAGGUAACCAUUCUGUGUUUGAAGACUUUUUGCAGAAGUUAAGAUGAUACUGUGUCUAAGUUGUGUUACACUAUCCAGCUUUCUCCUCUAGUGGAUGGAGCUGCAUGUUGUGUUUAAAUCCAUGGGGGACUAAAGGUAACAUUGUAAUUUUUGUGCAGAGGACCGGUGCUGGCUGUAAUGUAUAAAAGUUUCCGAGAAGUAUUGAUACAGGUAGAAGCCAAUCACUCAAGACAAGCAACAGCUUUACAACUCUAGGUGGAAGUUCCUUGAUGAUCUUAACAAUGUAAAAAUAACUUUAAAAGUUCUUUUGCUACCUACUCUUCUUUCCUUUGAUCAGAUUUCUAGACUGUUGGACAAGACACUGUCUUAUCCAAUAUCACUGAUGCUAGCAUGAAUUAUAAUUCCUACCCCUGCAGUUCUUAGUUAAUUGAAUUGGUUGCUAGCCUGACUCAAAAAAAAAAUCCUAGCUCCAAUUGGAAGACUGCCAUUAAAUGGAGCACAGAAUCAUGGGUGUGUUUAUCUGCAAGCAGGCAAUAAAACAGCUGUAGGAGCUUUGAGAACUGCUUACUUUGAGCAGUCAGAGAUUCAUUUGUUUGUGUCUUUUAUCUGCUCAAAUAUGUUGGAAAAGGGCAGCUUCCUAGGAGUUUAUCUGCAGCAGAGGUGAGGACUGAUCCAUAGCCUGGGGCUUAGACAAUUUCUGGCCCUUCUGAAUGAAGACACUACAGUACAUUGCUGAGCCAGUUAAGCUUUUGCUUCCAUUCCAACUUAUUGAACCACAUAAAGAACUGUUUAAGAAUAAACUUUUGUAUAUGUUACUAUCUGAAUUGAUGUGCUGGGAUUUCCAAUGGGUGUGGUAAAAAACUGACUUGUAUAAAUGGAUUAUAUAGCUGCUGACAACACAGUUCUUGGCUCUUUGUGAACAUCUUUCUUCUGUAGGUGACGUAGGGUUUGACUGUAGGAUAAUCCUGUGUUUAUCUUCUGACCUGCAAGUAAUUUUGCACUUAUUAAGCAAAAUUAAGCAAUGCCAUGGUAUGCUUAUUAAGGAAGUAUGCUUUUUCGAGCAUCAUACAGCAGGGUUCUUGCCAUAGUCUCUCUCUUUUAUCAUAAUUAUAAAGUAGGACAGUUCAAUAACUAGAUAUGACCCAAAUUAAUACUUCUUAUGAAAAUAAGUUAGGCUACAUAAAUUACGGGCAGAAAGACUUUACAUAAAACUUCAUCUCAGGUGCUUUACUGUUAAAAUUGGAAUCUAGGUUCUUCUUUGUUUUUCAAAGCACACUGAAACAGGUAGAAUUGUGCCAAUAGCUUAGAACUUAUCACUUUCAAGGUCUUUCUUCUCUCAGGCACAAUAUUUGCUCUGAAGCUGUCUCUUCGGGUUAAGUGUUAUUUGCACAGUAUUGUAAUGUACUUGCAUUGUUUGUAACUUAUUUCUCUCUCUUUCUGCGUUGUCUACUACUCAGCAGACAACACGGAAGUUUUUGCCAGCAUUAUAUCGUUAUUGGCUUGUGAAGAACUUGGGAGUAAACUGACAUCCCUGAGCCAGUCUCCUACUCCAAAAGAUUUUUCCAUUUGAUACCUGUGAAUUUUCUGCAAUCCAAAGAUGGCAGCAAAUAAACCUAAAGGACAGAAUUCGUUGGCUUUGCACAAAGUCAUCAUGGUGGGAAGUGGUGGUGUAGGAAAAUCUGCUUUAACACUACAGUUUAUGUAUGAUGAGUUUGUUGAAGACUAUGAGCCCACCAAAGCAGAUAGCUACAGGAAAAAGGUGGUUCUGGAUGGGGAAGAAGUCCAAAUUGAUAUAUUGGAUACAGCAGGGCAGGAGGACUAUGCUGCAAUUAGAGACAACUACUUCCGAAGUGGAGAAGGUUUUCUUUGCGUCUUCUCUAUUACAGAGCUGGAAUCCUUUGCAGCAACUGCAGACUUCAGGGAGCAAAUCUUAAGAGUAAAAGAAGAUGAGAAUGUUCCUUUUUUGCUAGUUGGUAAUAAAUCAGAUUUGGAAGAUAAAAGGCAAGUUUCUGUAGAGGAAGCAAAAAACAGAGCUGAUCAGUGGAAUGUUAAUUAUGUGGAAACUUCUGCAAAAACACGAGCUAAUGUUGACAAGGUGUUUUUUGAUUUAAUGAGAGAAAUUAGAGCCAGAAAAAUGGAAGACAGCAAAGAAAAGAAUGGGAAGAAGAAAAGAAAAAGCCUAGCUAAGAGGAUCAGAGAAAGAUGUUGCAUUUUAUAAUCAAAAGCUUGGAUUCCUUUCCUACCCUGACCAUACUAAUAAAAACCAUAAUUUAUAAGCAUGCCAUUGAAGGCUGAAGUGACUGAAAUUACCCUAACAUGUUGGAAAAUGUAAUGUACCACUAAAAGCAUGAUUUGGAGCGGCACUGAAAGUCAAAUUCACUGAAAAAAAAUUAUGUGGCUUCAAGAGAAGCAAAGUUCAGUCCAUUUCAUAUUUGCCUACCUUCUCACAUUUCUUCUGAAUGUAGUGUUUCAUAGGUAGUCUUUUCUUUAAUAGUGAACAAGAGGGGCAAAGUAUUACUUUGUGGGUUCUUAUAAAGCAUACUUUUUUAUCACUGGUAUUUGUCAGUUCAUCUUGUCUUUUGUUGCCUUGAAAAUUACAAUUGUGAACAUGAUACCUAACAAAGCAGUAUGCAGCUGUUUUGCCAUGGAGUUAUGCAAAUUAAAAAAGAAUAAUGUAUAUGUGAACAGCUAUGUUGAGGAAAACUAAAUGUGGUUCUGCAUUACCUGAUUAACUUAGAAGAGCGAUGUAAUCUUUUACAUUGAAACAUUUGAAUAUGCCUUAACUUUAAAACCCAAACAUAGCAGGUUGCUUAAUCAAGGGUGUAUUUUCAACUCUGUUGCAUGGAGGCUGUCCUCAUGCAUCAGUGCAAGACUGCCCUCUCUGUGGAGCGCAGUUACUUGGAUGAUUUCACUCACUAGCUGUCUGCUAGCAGUGUUUGUUCUUUAAAUGUGUGCCAUACUCUGGUAAUGUGAAUAAUACAGAGCAUAUUCUAUCAUCUGUAACUUGGUAGACAAUAUGGUAUUUUAAAACUAAAAGGUCAGAAUACACAUUAGACUGAAGUCAUAAGCCUAUGGCACAUAAAAGCCUGGAAUUGUUGUUUAAAAUGUAACAUGCUGGUACCUUGAAACUUCCCUUUUGCACAUAGAUUUUUGUCUAGAUGUUCCUUGGGUUUUAACUCCCUGGAAUUGGGUGGAGUGGGGCUGAUCUAGUAGCGCUUAUAUGUUUUGAGUUAAGAUGUUGUCUGGGAAAUUCUGGUUAAUUUCUUUUAUGUUCCUAAUACUUAGCUAUUGGAACAUGGUGUGUUAUGCUGAAGCUCCUUGCAGGUUUUGUACUGUUUAGUCUAUGUUGAUUUUCAAAUGGGGAACAGUGUAGCUACUUUUUCUACUUAAUGUUGAUAUCAAACAAUCAAAUGUGCUUUGCAAUACAGAAACCUUUAACAUGCACAUCCAAAAUCCCCAAACAAAACAUACUGCCUCAGUUGCUUCAGAACAAGAAGAAUACUAGCACAUGGUCAGUGUGCUACAUCUUAACUAAAAAUAUACCAGAAUGUUUGAGGGUUUUAGAAUCCUCUGGGGUGAGACAGCCUAGAUCAAUUCCACAAACUGUUAUACUUUUUAUACAUGUAUAAGCCUAUAACUGACAGUUUAAAAUGUGCUCAAGAAAACUAGGUAACAAAUAUUUAACUUUCAUGCUAACAGAUGUUUUAGGGACUCAAGUCUUAGGAGUUACAUUUGUCAUGUUCAAUAUUUAUCAGUAGGAAUUUUGUAUGUGCAUUUAGUAGACUGCCAAGUGCAGAAUAAAAGUUACUCAUGUAACUGGCAAAUAUAAGCCAGUCUUCAUCUUACUGUGUACUCAUUUGGGUCUAUCUAGCCAGGGAGUCUAACCACUAACAUUGUGACUUAGCUUUGGAACCUGUAUACUGGGAACUGAGGUGUUAUGAAGCCACUGGACACACAAAACUUGUCUUGGCUGAUGCCUUAUCCUGUCCUUUUAUUUGCUAUUUGAGCCAUUGAAAGAUGAAUAAACUUCCAUUUUUCUAAAAUA